AUGCAUCUUCAACAGUUCACUCGUGUGCUUCUUUGUGUCUUUUCUUUGCUGCAGACUGUAACUGGUGGUGCCAUUGUAAAUGGACACACAGUCUCAGAUGAACUUAUGCAGUACAUGGUCUCAUUGCAGAAUGAAACUAAUCAACAUUUGUGCGGGGGCGCCUUAGUGAGUGACAAAUUUGUCCUCACGGCAGCUCACUGUAAGAAAGACAAACUUGUCCGUGCAGUACUGGGAACCCACGACCUCGAAAAGGCGGCAACUUUAGGACAGACAAUUGAUAUUGACCUGGAGUUUGACCAUCCGUUAUUUGAAACACCGGGCAAAGGGGACGACCUGAUGCUGAUAAAACUGAAGAAAAAAGUUGUUUUGGGGAGACGUGUGAAAAUAAUACAACUCCCAACUGCGAACUUGAAUGUCCAACCGCACACUUGGUGCAAGGUGGCAGGAUGGGGGGCAACGAAUGUGGGGCUACGUUCCGAGCAAUGUAAUCUGUGCUGGAGGACACACCACGGAAAGUGGAUUUUGCCAGGGCGACUCUGGUGGACCCCUUGUGUGCGGUAA